UUUUGAAUUCGUCUAUAAGUAGGGUGCUACUUGAAAAGGUGAAACAAGACGAAGAGAAGGAAGUGAAUUUCAUUCGAGAAAGUGUGAAAACUCCAGCCUAAGGAGCUUUUCUGUUCAAGAACAUUGUAUGUACCAUUGAUGAAGUCUGUUUAUGGAUGGGCAUGGCUGUUUCGAGAGUAGGAUUUGAUUUACAGUGUCUUGCCUUCAGAUCAGCUAUCACUUAGUCUCUGUACUUCUGGACUAACUUUUUCCAUUCUAAUACCAAAUGUAAUAAUCCAAGUCUAGCAACUAGUCCCAGAACUUUCUGGUUUUGUAACUUUUAUCAAAAGAACUUGAAGCUCAGUCUAUCAGCCCAGAAUUGCCAGUUAGAGAUAAUACAAGAUGGUGAAGCAAUAUCUCAUGCAACAAAUGAACAUCCAGUAGCACUGCUUGCAGAACACACAAAAAACUCUUGCAAAGAGAUAUUACUAUUUACAUGCCUAUCUUAUCUCAAAGGCAUUGAAAUGCUGCUGCUGUUUCUGCAUCCAUACUUCACAAGCUUUAUGGCAUCAAAUUGAUUUUGAGAGCAAAACAAAUUAGGUUAGCAGCGGCACAUUCAACCUGAUUCGAACUGGAAUCAUUCAGAACCAGAUUUUAUGGGUAAACAGGGGCCAUGUUUCCAUUGUAGCGUCAAGCAAACCAUUCUUUGGAGAAAUGGGCCACCUGAAAAACCAGUGCUCUGCAAUGCAUGUGGAUCAAGAUGGCGGGUUAGGAGGACCCUAGAUGGCUAUAUUCCCAGACAUGGAAACAUAGAAAAAGAGAGCUAUCAGCGACCUUCUGACAUGAAGCCGGCUCGUGACGAAAAAAAGCUAGAAGUUGGAGUAGAGGUUUCUGGACAGGAUGGCUCUUCAGCUUGUCUUAAAGAAGAAGUGAAUAACAUAUCAAGCCUAGGUUCAGCAGGGUCAUCCUCAGACAACUGCAUGCAGAUGGAAGAAACAAAUGCAUACAAAGAUCCUCUCUGGAAUCCUGACAGUGUCCCCAGAAGAAAGAGAUCAGAGCGUAGAAAACGCAUUUUGUCACCUGUUGAAAGACUCCAGAGGCAACUUCAUAACAUUCUACAGGAGCCAGACUUUGAAAAUAUCUCUGCCGAUGAUGAAAAUAUUCUAAUUUAUGCAAGCAACAAAUACAUUCCUCCCAAUGAGAUUGGUCUUGGAGCUAUGCUGCUUGUAUCACCACCUACUGCUACAGAACACUUGACAUCUCAAUCUCCAAUGGCAGAAGAUAAUGAUGCCUCUUGCUCAGUGAAUGUUCCUGUAGGAAAUUCCAAUUCCAAUUUGAGAAGCAGUCAAAGAUCCUCUCUGGAAUCCUGAGAGUGUCCCAAGAAGAAAGAGAUCAGAGCGUAGAAAAACACAUUUUGUCACCUGUUGAAAGACUCUAGAGGCAACUUCAUACUAAUCUACAGGAGCCAGACUUUGAAAAUCUCUGUCAAUGAUGAAAAUAUUCUAAUUUAUGCAAGGAACAAAUACAUUCCUCCUAAUGAGAUUGUUCUUGGAGCUAUGCUGCUCGUAUCACCACCUACUACUACAGAACACUCUAUGUCUCUAUCUCCGAUGGCAGUUGCUGGAAGUAAGUUUUGAGAAGCAUGCAUAAGGUUCAAGCUGGAACAUUCACUGAGCGAGAGGCAUUUCUUCACAGAUGUACUGCUGAUAGUCUUGAGCAUUAUAUAAUGCUAGUUAUCGUAUCUACUUGUGCUGAUGGAGCAUCAGAUACUUAUUGCAGAAAGUUAAAUUUGUUCAAGGAAGCUCUGAAGCUACUUGGAUGGGACAUAUGUCCUUCAAGAUCAUGUUCACGAUCUCACUAAAGCAGCUCGGGAGCACCUGUUCUUUGGAAAAUCUAGUUGGGGUUAAUUAUUGGCUUUAACGAAGCUCUAUUUUAUUACUAGGCUUCUACUUCCAGGGCAACUCAACUGACGAAGUUGGCCGUUAAACUCUGUUUUAUAUUGAACCGAUAGU